CUUUGCAAACGCCACUGGACAUUUUAAAUAAAUAAUUUAUUUCUUUAAAUAAAUUAAAAAAAACUGGCAGGCAGUGGCUGUGGAAGGUAACUGACAAGCGCUGUAAGAUAGAUGCACUACUGCGAAAUUAACACAAAAAAUGCCAAUUAAAUGAGUCGCGCGUCUAAAGCGCCCAGUGCACGCAGUCUCUCCCGUGCUUUGCAAUAAUAUUUAAGUAAAAGACGCCAGUUUUUGACGCAGGGAGAUCUUGUCUCUUUCAAGAGGCAAUUUUAAGUACGUCAUUAAUAUGGCGCCAAAAGAUUUUGAAGUAUGAGCUAUUUUGUUGCUAGGUCCCGUAGUGUUCGCCUGUGCCAACAGAAAUCGCCUUGUUUUUUCUGGAGGGACAUUUGCCCAAAGUGAGUCUCCCUCUUGCGAUCUGCCCGCCCGGGCUACUGGUUCAUUUUUCCUGCUCCAAAAAAAUUUAACACUCCCAAACCGGGAGAAGGGGGGGUGGGGGGGAGAUCGGACGGCAACAGCAACAGCAACAACAACAAAAAAAGACAAGGAGGGAAGAUUUUCUUCUUUUCAAAAAAAAAGAUGCAGUUUGCACACACACACACGAGAAAAUGAAGGAUCGGUGCGAGAGGAUAAGGAACGGAACCAGGACUGCAUUAAAGUGAUCUGGAAGAGAGAGAGGGGGGAAGAGAGAGAGAUUUAAAUGUAUUAACGUGCAUUGGAUCGAUGCGCGUUUCCACAUGAGCCGCGUUUAACAUACAUCAGGACCAUCGCAUUUCUGUUACAGCACCAUCAUCUCCGACCAUCGAGGAGAGUCACCGCAAAAAAAAAAAAACAAGCGGCUAGAUCCGAAGCUAACAAGCAAGCAAAACAAAAAAAAAAUCCAUGGUGUUUUGACAUCCGUGGACACGUCUAAUUAGCCGGAAAUGCUGUCAACAUUCGCAAUACGCGAUGUAGCUACUGGGCAAAUGACCUGGCUAAACAGACACGUACUUUGAAAAAGACCAGAUGAUCGUAUCACAAGGUCUCCGGAUGGAUAAUGAAAUAAUGAAACGGAGGAAAUUUUCCUUCAGCAGUGAAGACUCGGACACCACUGACAGUCACAUAACAUUAUGGUCUCCUGGUUCUAAAUCAGCAACUACAAAGCACCCUUGGGCGAGACAGGAAGAGAAGAAGCCUUCAGAGGUUUUCCGGACGGAUCUGAUCACUGCCAUGAAGCUGCCGGAAUCCUGCCAGCUUACUGCCGACGAGUACUACGUGCUGGCUGAUCCGUGGCGUCAGGAAUGGGAAAAGGGCGUUCAAGUUCCAGCAAACACCAGCUCCAUACCCGAACCAGUAGUGAGAGUUUCACCAGAGUUUGAGAAGACGCACCUGGCUCCCACUGAACAAAUGCUGGCGUCUCUGACUGGCUACGGGCCUUCUGAGUCUGGCCACUUGGACAUGAAGUUCUCCCCAAGAGGCAUGUGUCGCUAUGACUUGGAUGAGGUGGACGUGCACUGGUUGGAACUGGUCAAUGCGGAACUCCAGGAAGCAGGGUUGCUGGAAGUGAACGAGCUGAUGAUGGAGAAGAUCAUCGAGGAGCUGGAGAGCCAGUGCCAGGAGAACAUGAACCAGGCGAUCGCCACAGAGGAGGGCCUGGGGAUCGAAUACGACGAGGACGUGGUGUGCGACGUCUGCCGUUCCCCGGAGGGCGAGGACGGCAACGAGAUGGUCUUCUGUGACAAAUGCAACAUCUGUGUUCACCAGGCUUGCUAUGGAAUUCUGAAGGUGCCCCUUGGCAGUUGGCUGUGCCGCACAUGUGCCCUGGGCGUUCAGCCAAAGUGCUUGCUGUGUCCCAAGAGAGGAGGAGCGUUGAAACCGACACGCAGCGGCACAAAAUGGGUCCAUGUUAGCUGUGCCUUAUGGAUACCUGAAGUAAGUAUAGGCUGCCCUGAGAGGAUGGAGCCCAUUACCAAGGUGUCCCACAUCCCCGCAAGUCGAUGGGCAUUGGCUUGCAGCCUUUGUACUGAACGGACAGGAACAUGUAUUCAGUGCUCGAUGGCCUCGUGUAUAACAGCAUUCCACGUGACUUGUGCGUUUGACCGCAGUUUGGAAAUGAGGACUAUUCUGGUGCAGAAUGACGAGGUGAAGUUUAAGUCCUACUGCCUGGAGCACAGCAGCACUCCCACCAACUGCCCGUCCAGGCGUGAGAUCCCCGACGGGAUGGAUCAGAGCGAGCGGGACUUGGAGAAAGCCAAGCUGAGGAAGCAGAAGCUGCAGCAGCUGGAAGAGGAGUUCUACGAACUGGUGAAGCCGACAGACGUGGCGCAGGAGCUGCACGUGUCCGGCACGCUGGUCGACUUCUUCUACCAGUACUGGCGGCUCAAGAGGAAGUCCAAUUUCAACAAGCCACUGCUGGCCCCAAAAACCGACGAGGUGGACAACCUGGCCCAACAGGAGCAGGACAUCCUGUACCGGAGGCUGCGGCUCUUCACACACCUCCGCCAGGACCUGGAGAGGGUUAGGAAUCUUUGCUACAUGGUGACGCGGAGAGAGAAAAUGAAGCGGUCAGUCUCCAGGCUCCAGGAACAAAUAUUCCACCAUCAAACUAAACUGAUAGAAGAAAAUCUCUAUCGAGGAUAUUCCGGGAAAAAAAUCAAAGGCAAACUGAGUGAUCGGAAGGAGCGUGGGAAGAGCAGACCAAAGGGCAGCCAUGAGAGGAAAGGCAAGUUAACAAGUGAAUCGCGAUCCUUGCUCAAGCAGUUUGGUUUGUCGACUUCCAUUUCGUUCGACGGGGAUCUGUUGCAGAAUUGGCUGGCGCAGACGGUCCAGGCCAAGACGGAGAACCUCUUGAGCCACUGGUCGUUCCGCAGCGGCCCGGGGACUGACGAGGCGGAGAGCUACCCGUCGGGUAAACUGACUCAGGACGAGCCGUCGUUGGUGAGCAUCGGACCCGCGAUCCGUGGCGGGGAUCCCGAGCCACGCUCGGCCUUCCCGCCGGAGAAAGACUCCACCAGGCACCAAGCGGUGGAAGACGACAAGUCAAAGCCUUUUAACGACCGAGGAGGCACGGUCUACGCCAAGAACCAAUGCAAGAUGCCCCUGGACCAGCCGCGAGAUUGCACCUCUUGGCGUGCCAGCCCUGGCGAACGGGGCAUUUGCACAAACGGGCCCAGGGGGCCAGGCUCAAAGGCCAACGGCAGUCACAAAAGGCCCGGCGAGGUGCGGAAGAUCAGCAAAAAACAGGGGCCAUAUCAUUGCAGUGCCAAGACGGCCCUCGCCAACUCAUCGCCGGUGAGCAACUCCAGCGAAAUUGGCGAAACCUUGGAUUAUUUUGAAUCUGCUUUACCCAAGCCCAGUCCUUCGGUCAAAGUGCCUAAAACGUCGACCAACCCCAAAUCGUGGGUAACGUUCAAGAUUCCGAAGCAGGCGCGGGAGAGCGCGCGGAGGCCGCCGGGCCCGAGGCAGGCCGGGCACGCGGGGGACGGUUGUCAGGCGGUUGCCAGCCCGGAGACAGGCGGGAAGCCCAAAGAGGCCAGGCCGCCGUUGGACGGCGAGGCCGACGGCUACUUCUCCGACGCCGAGAUGAGCGACUCGGACACUGAAUCGUUGGCCCAGCGGUCGCAGCGGCUGCAGCGGCUCAGCUCGGAGAGCAUGGCCGUUCACCGCAGGAGCAUCCUGGCCUCCUAGAUCACCCACACCAGACCCAGCCGGGUACACGAUGGUCAGACGCCGCUAACCUCCCCGCCCCGCCCCGCUCCUCGCAACUCUUGCACUCAUUUCUGUCGCCACUCUGACCGGCCCAGCCUGACUGGUUUGGAAAUGUAUCGUGGCCACCGAGUCACGGGAACGCCUUUCCUGCUACUCUCCACACCCUGGUAUUCAGUUCCCGUUGACUGCAAACUAUAGAUGCUGGUUUAAAUCGAAGAUAGACACAAAAUGCCGGAGUAACUCGGCGGGACAGGCAGCGUCUCUGGGGAGAAGGAAUGAUCUGAAGAAGGGGCUCGGCCCGAAACGUCGCCCAGAGAUGCUGCCAGACCGGCUGGGUUACUCCAGCAAUUUGUAUCUAUUCCCCUUGACUUCAAUGCAGCUGAAUAUCGAGGAGAGUGUACGGCCAGCCGAUCAGACUGAGUUCUCCCACCCCUCCCUUCCCGCUGUCUUUGCCCGACCGAUUCAAGCCCAGUAUACCUGUGUGUAAUGGACCUUUAACAGGUCUCUCUCAUAAACGGGAUCACAAGUGACUCGACUUCUAAUAAACCAGGAGAAAAUUGUCUUGGUUGCGUCGGAAGGAACUGCAGAAGCUGGUUUAAUCCGAAGAUGGACAAACAUAAAGCUGGAGUAACUCGGCGGGCCAGGCAGCAUCUCCGUAGAAAAGGAAACUGACGUUUCAGGUAGAAACACUUCCCCAGUCUGAAGAAAGGUCUCGACCCGAAAUGUCACCUAUUCCUUUUGAUGGUGAUGAUGCCUGACCCGCUGAGCUACUCCAGCGUUUAGUGUCUAUCUUGGGCAGUCAUGGUUACCAAUUGUAAUACAUGGUGUGUAGAUUAUGCCCUGAUGAUCCGAUUCAAGUUGCCAGAGAGUUCGUCAGGUGAUUCCUUUUGUCUUCUGGUUUGAGGUCGUGAUCUUCUGCUCCCCUCCUCCCGUGCCCUCCCGUCGCUGUGGGAGGGAGUCAGCGUAACAAGACAGCCUUAAUUGCCGAGCGGUGGUGGAGGGGAAUGCACACUAUGUAUUACCAAGCCGAAUGGUCGAAAGUAGGUUUAAAGCAGUGAUCUUUGAAAGAGAUAUUCCGGUCAUUCAUCAAGCCAUCAGUCUUGUAGUUCCAGGCAUUAUAUCUCACCACCCAGCUCCACCGUCCCACACGUCGACUGAGUUGAGCGUGGCUUUGAAACUAAGAGCGUCCACAAGGAUGUAAGGGGCUGAAUAAUCACUGCGUUUCACCGCUUGCGGCCAUUAAUUGGCUCUGAUCUAUCGGGGUGGAAGGGUAAAGCUGCCUGUGACAUGUGUUGGCAGUCUGAUGAGAAAAACUGUGCAGGUAUGAUCUUAAACCGAAGACUCCCCCAUUUUACGACUGAUAACAUUAAGCCCAGUGAGCGAGAGAAGUUGGUAUUUUUUCGUUUUUAUUUUUUCUUUGCGUGUGGAUUUUAUCUUGUAUUAGAAAUAAAGCACAAAAUGCACUUUUUUAGAGAAGUCUGGCAUGCUGAUGAAAUUGCUGGCUUCAGAGGCCAUAUGAGAGUUGCCAAGCAAAAGGGGAAUUUCUUGUACUCUAUCGAAACGUACAGAGGUAGCCAGAAGAUAGAAAGGAAAUGUCAACAGUGUCUACAAUAGUGUAGGAAGGAACUGCAGAUGCGAGGCUAAACCGAAGAUAGACACAAAAAGCUGGAGUGACAUAGAAAAUAGGUGCAGGAGUCUGCACCGCCAUUCAAUAUGAUCAUGGCUGAUCAUCCACUCAGUAUCCUGUACCUGCCUUCUCUCCAUACCCCCUGAUCCCUUUAGCCACAAGGGCCACAUCUAACUCCCUCUUAAAUAUAGCCAAUUAACUGGCCUCAACUACCUUCUGUGGCAGAGAAUUCCAGAGAUUGUGGAACGCAGCAGGUCAGGCAGCAUCUCUGGUGAAAAGGAAUAGGUGGCGUUUCGGGUCGAGACCCUUCUUCAGACUGAACCCGAAACGUCACCUAUUCUCUCCAGAUAUGGCUGUCUGACCCACUGAGUUACUCCAGCUUUUUGUGUCUGUCUAUAAUAGUGCAUACUGGAGUGUCGUAAGCAGUAACAAUAUUGUUAUAUACUGUAGGUGUGUUAUACACAGUCUCACACUGUUUGAUGGUUAGACUGUAUUAUACAGUGUAGUAUGGUACAAUAAUUCUAAGUGUUAUAUCCAGGAGCACAAGUAUAGGUAUUACAAUACAAUACAAUACAAUACAAUACAAUACCAUUUAUUGUCAUUUGAACCUCAAGUGAAGUUCAAACGAAAUGUUGUUUCUGCAGUCAUGCAACAAGAAAAAAAAACAAUUUUACAAGACACACAACCAACCCAAUUCACACAAACAUCCAUCACAGUGAAUCUCCUGCUCACUGUGAUGGAAGGCAAAGUCUUGUCUCUCCCCUGCUCUCCAUCCUCUCCCGAUUGUUAAAGCCCCCGGCGGGCGAUGGCAAGUCCCGCGGCCGUUGAGUUGUGCCAUAGUAUAUGGAGGUUAAUGUGUCGAAAAUUGUCCACCCUUUUAACAAGCAGGCUACAGUUACUAUUUAGUUUAUUGUCACGUGUCACUGCUUGGCUAAAGGACUUUGCAUUCGCUAAAUAAAUUGUCACGUGUACCAAGGUACAGAGAAAAGCUUUUGUUGCGUGCUACCCAGUCAGCCAAAAGACAAUGCAUGAUUACUAUCGCGGCAUAUACAGCGUAUGGAUACGAUAAGGGAGUAACGUUUAGUGUGCAAGGUAAAGCCAGCAAACUCCGAUCAAGGAUAGUCCAAUGAGGUAGAUAGUAGCUCCUCACUGCUCACUGGUUGUGGUAGGAUGGUUCAGUUGCCUGAUAACAGCUGGGAAGAAACUGUCCCUGAAUCUGAACGUAAGCGUUUUCACACUUCUGUACCUUUUGCCCGAUGGGAGAGGGGACGAGGGGGAGUGGCCAGGGUGCGACACAUCCUUGAUUAUGCUGUGCUGGCCUUGCUGAAACAGAGCGAGGUAUGUUAAAACAGCCAUUAAAAUGGGAGAGAGAAUCGAGAGAAAGUUGUAAGAGCACCUACAAAGCGAUAUCCAAUGCACAGUUUCAAGCCCGUAUAUGACUAUACACAGCAAUACACAAUAUCUCCAGGACUGUACACACAGAAUGGUUAACUCUGCCCGCCAGCAUGGAUUGGAUUGAUAAUUUAGUUGAUAUAUUGAUAUAUCGGUGAGGCCUAGCGCAGGCGGAGCCAUCGCUUCGCUGAAAACCUCCGCUCAGUCCUCCUCAGUCUCCGUGAACUCCCAGUUGCCAAACACUUUAACUCCCCCUCCCAUUCCCACACUGACCUUUCUGUCCUGGGCCUCCUCCACUGUGAUAGAGUGAGGUCCAACACAAAUUGGAGGAACAGCACCUGAUAUCUCGCUAACUUCCUCCCCCCCCCCCAUCCUAGUUCUCCGACUAGUUUCAUAGUCCUCCUGAUUAAAUAUUACUGAUUGUACGCCUCAAUGUCAUCUUCCCCUCAGCUAACAAUCAACCAGUCUACAUAUUCAUUGAUCAUCGGCCCCUUUGAUCUGUCAUUUACACACCUUACCCUUCCAUAGCUCGAUGUCUCCCUCUCCCCUGACUCUUAGUCUGAAGAAGGGUCUUGACCCGAAGCGUCACCCAUUCCUUCUCUCCAGAGAUGCUGCCUGUCCCGCUGAGUUACUCCAGCAUUUUGUGUCUAUCUUUGGUAGUUGUUAAUCCAAGUGUAGGGGAUUCUUUCCUUUAACCAGCCAAGUUUGUAUUCAAAAAGCCUCACAUAAAUGUGUCCAUUGUAGCUCAUGUUUAAUUAAAGCCACAUUGAUCUUUGCAUGAUCACGUUCUGAUUAUUGAUACCCCCUCCCCCCGCCCACAAUUUCCCCAGUCCAUGCCUGCUGCUGUAUUUGCUGGGAAACUACACGAGGUGCUCACCUUGACUCGACUGACAAACUCAACACUUCCAGUAAAGUACCUGGCAACACAAUGAUGCAGCUAGUAGAGCCACUGCCUCACAGCGCCGGAGGCCCGGGUUUGAUCCCGAUCUCGGGUGCUGUCAGUGUGGAGUUUGCACGUGUCCCCCCGCGCCCGCGACCUCCGGGCGCUCCGCUCUCCUCCCGCAUCCCAGAGACGUGCGGGUUCGUAGAUCAAUUGGCCUCUGCACAUUGCCCCGAGUGUGCAGGGAGUGGAUGCAAUAGUGGGAUAACAUACAACUAGUUUGAACGGACAGUCGGCGUGGACUCGGUGGGCCGAAGGGCCUGUUUCCAUGCUGUAUCUCUGAACUGAACAAAGAGGGACCCUGUGAAGACCUUGGGGGAUUGUUACUGCUAUUCAGAAAUAGGGCUCUGUGCAUUGUGCACCCAAUGUCCAGUUGAAACAUGUGAUGAACCAUCGCAAAUUAUAAGAAAAAAAACUGUUAUAAAUGUCUCUGUGCAGCCGGUGAUGGCGAUGCAUGUUUUCCCGAAAAAUUAAAAUCCAAAUAUCAUCACUCCAAAUAUUAGAAAGGCAGCUAUAAAUAUUCAUAAUGUCAUGUUAUAGGAGCAGAAUUAGGUAAUUUGAUCCAUCGUCUACUUCGCCAUUUGUUCAUGUCUGAUCUAUCUUUUUCUCUCUAAGUUAUUCUCCUGCCUUUCCCCUGACACCCGUGCUAAUCAACAAUCUAUCUCUGCCUUCUGACUUGGCCUCCGUGGCCUUCUUUGGCAAAGAAUUCCACAACCUCUGACUAAAGAAAUUCCUCCUCAUCUCCUUCCUAAAGGAACGCUUUUAAUUCUGAGGUAUGACCUCUGGUCCUUGACUCUCCCACAAGUGGAUACAUCCUCUCCACAUCCACUCUAUUCCAGACCUUUCAUUAUUCGGUAAUUUGCAAUAAGGUCCCCCCCCCAACCCCUCAUUCUUCUGAUCACAAACUUUCUCAGCUGCCAAUGAGUGGACCAUCACAAUGUUGAUUGUUGGCAGCAAGUGGCGUAGGGCAGCCUGUACACCUCGGCUGAUAGCGUCCAGCUUUACCUCUACCCUCUGUCCACCAUCUCCUCUCACCCCGACUUUAACUCCGUUGAAUUGGGAGGCAAGAAUGUCAAGUCUCCACUGUUGUCAUUGACAUCAAUCUUCUCCAUGACGCUUUGUGCAACCUCAAUUACUCUGUGGGUUCAUAGAAUCGCACGGCACAGAAACAGGGUCUUCGGCCCAACUCGUGUUGUCCAAUAUCCUUCCUAACCAUGUACCAGUCCAAUGUAAUCCUCAGUCACAGAGUCAGAGUGUGCCCACACCGAUCAACUUGCCCCAUCGACACUGGUCCCACCUACAUGUGUUUGGCCCAUAUCCCUCCAAACCUUUCCUAUCCAUGUACCUGUCCAAAUAGAGCCUGUGUAUGGUCGGUAUAGACUCAGUGGGCCGAAGGGCCUGUUCCCCCACAGCUUCUUUAAGCUAAACUCUUGCCUUUAUCGUCAUUUUACCGCACUUUAAAGAGGUUAUGGUUUUCACAUUAAAGAUAGAUUUUAUUAAAGUUGCUUUUCUGUUCAUAAUUUUGACUGUUCUAACCCUUGAUCUUUCUAUCAUCACCGAAUACAUUGUAAAAAUAUUCCAGCGGUUUAUCAUCAGACCAGAUAGAAAACGACUCACAUUUUAUUACGAGCUGUAUUGCUUUUUGCAGCUGUUAAUGUUCACUUGAAAAACAAAUUAGGUACAAAAUGUGAAAAUCUGGGCUUUCAUUUGUUUUAAAAACAUGUUAAUUGAGGGAUAUUGUCGUAAUAAAGUGGCCUAACUGCUCCCUCUAUUUUCUUGGAAAACAUGCCUUGCUCAGAAGGCUUAUUUGGCAAGACUUUCUUUAGUAACAAUAGGAAGUCCUGACAAAAAGAGUUUCCUGUACAUCAGGAACUUUUUGAAACUCACGGGACUUGCAUUAAUCCAAAGCUCUGGCACCUCUGGUUGAUGGGAACCUACUCUGACUGAGCUCAAAUGUACAUGUGUCGUUUCCUGCGAUCUUUAGUUCCAGCAACCACGUUAAACUGGCCACACCGUCGAAACAUGAGUAUUGUAAAAAAAAAAUCAUGUUUUCACUGACUAAUACAUCAAAGGAUUCCUUUUACAUGCGUGAAAUAAAAUUGGCCCUAAGUACAUUUUAUCGUGCUGGAUCUCGUUCACUCAGGGUGACGCAGCAUAGAGUUACUGCCUCGCAGCGGCAGCGACCCGGGUUCGAUCCUGACCACGGGUGCUGUCUGCACGGUGUUUGUAUGUUCUCCCUGUGUGAGUUAUCCCCGGGUAGGUUUCCUCUGGGUGCUCCGGUUUCCUCCCACACUCCAAAGACGUGCAGGUUUGUUGGUCAAUUGCCUUUGGUAAAAUUGUAAAUUAUUGCUAGUGUGUGUGUGUAGGAUAGUGCUAGUGUACGGGGUGAUCGCUAGUCGGCGCGGACUCGGUGGGCCAAAGGGCCUGUUUCUGCGCUGUAUCUCUAAAGUUUAACGUCUAAACUCAGAGAGUCAUAGAAACAUAGAAAAUAGGUGCAGGAGUAGGCCAUUCGGCCCUUCGAGCCUGCACCGCCAUUCAAUAUGAUCAUGGCUGAUCAUCCAACUCAGUAUCCUGUACCUGCCUUCUCUCCAUACCCCCUGAUCCCUUUAGCCACAAGGCCCACAUCUAACUCCCUCUUAAAUAUAGUCAAUGACCUGGCCUCAACUACCUUCUGUGGCAGAGAAUUCCAGAGAUUCACCACUCUUUGUGUGAAAAAUGUUUUCCUCAUCUCGGUCCUAAAAGAUUUCCCCCUUAUCCUUAAACUGUGACCCCUUGUUCUUGACUUCCCCAACAUUGGGAACAAUCUUCCUGCAUCUAGCCUGUCCAACCCCUUAAGAAUUUUGUAAGUUUCUAUAAAAUCCCCCCUCAAUGAUCUAAAAUCUAACGAGUACAAACCGAGUCUAUCCAGUCUUUCUUCAUAUGAAAGUCCUUACAUCCCAGGAAUCAGUACAAUUCUCUGUACUGCCUCUAUGGCAAGAAUGUCCUUCCUCAGAUUAGGAGACCAAAACUGUACGCAAUACUCCAGGUGUAUUCUCACCAAGACCCUGUACAACUGCAGUAGAACCUCCCUGCUCCUAUACUCAAAUCAGGCAGUAUCUCGACAAUGGAGAGGGUUGGGACCUUUCGUCCUUCUGAAGAAGGGUCCUUUUGUCCAUUCUCUCCAUAGACGUUGCCUGACCAACCGAAUUUCUGCAGCACUUUGUGUUCUGCUCAGGUUUCCCACAGCCGCAGUUCCUCGUAUCACAAAAUAAAUGGAAGUCACAGUAGGUAUAUAGAAUCCUGCAGGAAUUGGCCUGAGUUCAUUGCAUGAGUAGUUAAACCAAUAUCAAUGUCUGUCCCCAUUUAACACAACUGUCUGGUGGUAAUAUCCUCCACUGUGUGCAUUUCAUGAGCUUUUGAAAGGAAUACAUGGUAAUUUUAUUUUACGAGAUAAUACACAGUAUGCAUCCUCUUCUCUUGGGCCUGGCUUUCAGUUUGGCUUGAGUCUGCCAAUACAUGCCACUUGUAGUUUAGUUUAGAUACAGCAUGGAAACAGGCCCUUCAGCCCACCGAGUCCGCACCGACCAGUGAUCCCUGCAUAUUAACACUACCUGACACACUCUAGGGACAGUUUUACAUUUAUAUCAAUCAACCUACAAGCCUGUACGUCUUUGGCAUGUGGGAAGAAACCGAAGAUCUCAGAGAAAGCCCACGCAAGGUCACGGUGAGAACGUGCAAACUCCAUACAGACAGCACCCAUAGUCAGGAUCGAGCCUGGGUCUCUGGCGCUGUAAAGCAAUAGCUCUACCGCUGCGUCACCGUGCCGCCCACUCUGUUCUGUGACGGACGGGGCGAAAAUGAGGGAACGAGGCUUGAAUAAAGCUGUCACUGCCUUUCAAAAUGGCUGAAAUGUUGAAUAAUAAAGAGCCUGUCCCACGAGCAUGCGACCUUCAUGCGGCAAGCGCAACCAAACCGGAAGCGGGGGCCACGCCGAGGUCGAGUGAGUGACGUGAAGCUCGAGCGAAGUUCGCAGGAAGUUCGCGCGUGACGUACAGCGUCGAGACGCUGCGCGCGCCCGUCGAGGCGGCUGCGGGCCGGCAGGCCUUUGCUGCGCGGAAUUUUUGAACACGGUCAGUUUUUCGGAGCUCCGCGCGAUGUCGGGAUCAGCUCCGCACAACUCCAUACGGCACCGGCGAUGGAAGUGGGACCGGCCCCGCGAGGCCAUACGGCUCAAGCGACCACGUUAGGUCGCGCUUGCUGCAAGAAGUCGCAUGCUCGUGGGACAGGCCCUUUACUCUUCACUUUUAGAAUUGCAGCUUCUUUCUGGCUUUUCCACGUGUCAAUAGGGACUCCAUUUUCCCAAUCCUCACCCUCCUCUGUUUACUAACCAAGGCAUCAGAUGAACGAGAAGCCCUUUCACCGUGACCAUUCAGACCUUUGUGUUUUCCAUCAGUCUAGCCUCCCUGGGUGACUUUGGGAAAUUCCCUGGUCUCACUUUCCAGCCCCGAGUAAGAAUUUCAUUGUUCAGUUUCAGUACAGAUGACAGUGAAACACUCUCGACUCACCUGGCCUCCCCACGCAUAUUGAUGCCAGCGGAAAAUCAACAUCAUGACAGAGCUACAAGGAACUGCAGAUGCUGGCAUCUUGGGCAAAACAUAAAGUGCUGGAGGAACUUAGUAGGUCAGGCAGCAUCCGUGGAGGGAAAGCAUGGACGGGCAACGUUUCAGGUCGGGACCCUUCUUCAGACGUCUUGAAUGUGAAGAAGAGGCCUGGCCCGAAACAUCACUUGUCCAUUCCCUCAACCAAUGCUGGCUGACCCGCUGAGUUCCUCCGGCACUUUGUGUUUUGCUCAAGACUAUGAUUCCUGAUAUUCUCUGACUCUGAGCCAGUCUUGUUCACUGCCACCUUUGAAACUCUUUACCCCGCUUCCCGAUUGACUCUUCCAGCCCCCGACAUUGAAAACUGUCUCUGGAGACCAUGUGAAUACGUACUUUAAACUAAAAGAGGAGAGAAAGCUGGGCGACUGUUUUCUGGAACGAUCAGAUGUAAUUUACAAGCCCGUGAGACACAAGUUUUCUAGUGUUUAAUUGUCGACAUUGACACAUGACAGACUCAUGGUCGUUAUAACAGUUCUUUUCACCCACAAACCCCUGCAGCAAGAAUAAGUCAGCUUCAAUGUGGAUGCAUUAAAUGAUGCUUUUUGUCUUAGUUUUUAUUUCUGACUUGGCAUUGAACAUGGUUUGCAUUUAAUUCCCAUUUGUCACGUUCUGUUUUCUCAGCUGUUUAAUAUUUCUCAUUAAAAUUUUAUUUGAUGUAAUUACUGAUAAGCUGAUAAGUCAUAGGAGCAGAAUUAGGCCAUUCGGCCCAUCAAGUCUACUCCACCAUACAAUCAUGGCUGAUCUAUCUUUCCAUCUCAACCCCAUUCUCCUGCCUUCUCCCCUGAACCCCUGACGCCCGUACUAAUCAAGAAUGUAUUUGGAGUUGAGCUUGGACUGAGGUCCAUUUGUUACCUGUGAGAGCCCAUGUGGAAUUACCUAAGGGUUGCCUUGAACAUGGUGGUUGAGGCAGAUAUGAUAGUGGGAGUGAAGCUUUUAGAUAGGUACAUGGAUAUGCAGGGAUAGAGGGAUAUGGAUCACAUGCAGGCAGAGGAAAUUCACUUAACUAGGCAUUGUGUCUGGCAUGCAUCUUAUGGGCCGAAGGGCCUGUUCCUGUGCUCUACUGUUCUAUGUUAAUCUCAACUGGAUAUGCACAAAGGAAAACGGAACUCAAUUGUGCGAUUAUUUUGACGAGUCCUAUUUUCUUCCUGGAUUUGAUACAGUCAAAGUGAGAAAUACAUGUUCAGAAACGUGAUUCUAAAUUGUUCUAAAACACAAGUUUGUUAUGGGAUCAUAAUUUAUAAAUAACAUUGUUUUGCCCAGGCACCUGUAAACGUGUUUUCCUGCAACCUGCUUAACUCAUCCUGAUAAGUUCACAAGUCAUCGGAGCAGAAAUAGGCCAUCCAGCCCAUCGAGCCUACUCCAGCAUUCAAUCAUGGCUGGUCUACCUGUCCCUCUGAUAACCAAUUCUCCUUCCUUCUCCCCGCCACCUUUGCACUCGUACAAACCAAGAACCUAUCCAUCCCCGUUUUAAAGAUACCCAAUGACUUGGCCUCCACAACCAUCUGUGGCAAUGAAGUCCACAGAUACACCACCCUCUGGCUAAAGAAAUUCCUCCUCAUCUCCAGUCCGCGGGUGCUGCAGUUGGAUUUUCCCGUGGGCUCUCCUGUAAUGACGUGACUAUCCUGUGUUCACGUACCACGGGCAGCUCAGACGUGUGGGCUCUUUGCUGGAGGCAGCGAGAGGAAGUAUUCUUGUUAAAUAAAGCCAGCGGCAGGAUGAAGAAGUAAGUUAAGGAAUCAGGUUUUGGUUCGAGUGGGGUGGAAAAGAAAAGUUUAGUUUAUUACUGUCAUGUGUACUGAGGUACAGGGAAAAGCUUUUAUUUGCCUGGGAGAGCAGAAUCUGAACAGUAAUCUAAUUGAGCAGUUCAGAUAGUGUGUCUGUAUGUGCGCCUGUGUGUGUGUGUGUGUGUGUAUACCUGCACAGUGACAGUCAUCCAUGUGCGUUUACAGACUGGAAUCUAAUUCAAGGAUUCCUGAGGUAUUUAGUUUGUGAAGAUAACCAAUAUCUAGUUCAUCCCAGUCUCAAAUGUGUAUUUAGCAACAAACAACUCUGUGUAGGAAAUAACUGCAGAUGCUGGUUUAAAUCAAAGGUGGACACAAAAUGCUGCAGGAACUCUGAGGGACAGGCAGCAUCUCUGGAGGGAAGGCAUGGGUGACGUUUCAGGUCGAGGCCCUUCUUCAGACUGAUCAUUCCUCAAGUUCAGAAAGAUUCUUCAGUCUGAAGAAGGGUCUGUACCCGAAACGUCACCCAUCCGUUCUCUCCAGCGAUGCUGCCUGUCCCGCUGAGUUACUCUAGCAUAUUGUGUCCACCAACAAACAACUCUCACCUAACUCAGGAUAGAUUUUAGCCUUCACGUUGGGUCCCAGUUGUUACUUGUCAUUGGUUUAUACUGUUAUAUUUUUGGGUUGAAUUUGGGUUGUGAGAUUUAUUUUUGAACCGGCCUUUCUCAAUACAGACACUCUGUGCUAGAGUACUAUGUGUUACUGAUCGUCAAUGCAUUUCUAUUGAGGAAUUACCUCGAACAACCAAGUUCCAAGACCAAUUUAAUAAACAUGAAAGGAGAGGCUACAAAAGAGUUUAAUCAAGAAAGUAGUGUCUCUAUGGUAACAUUUCCCAGUUCCAGAUUGCACAGACUAGUUUACAAGAUCAUUGAUUUGGAGCCUAAUGAAUGGUCAACUCAAUCCAAACAAACAUAGGCCACAGUGAAAUGCUUUGUUUUUGCGUGCGACCCGGUAACAUCACACGGCAGACUCCACCUAGGCAGUACGCAAAGAGUCGCCACGUUUCUGGCGUUGACAAAUUUACAGGGAGUUCAUCGAACAGUCCUAUCUUCUGCUCGUAGUGGCAAACCGGGGUCUGUAGUUGCACA